AUGGCGAGCUAGCCCGUGAGGAAUAACGCGAGUGAGAGUUGAUGUGGUUCCCUAAUUAAGUUCCUCACAAGAGCCUGUAAAUAUACGCGUGUGAAUUGGAGUGAAAAGGAAGGAAAGAAUGAAGCGGCGCAAUGCGGACUGCAGUAAGCUCCGUCGCCCUUUAAAGCGGAGCCGAAUCACCGAGGGAAUCCACGGCAGUACCUUCCUGUAUCUGAAGUUCCUGCUGGUGUGGGCGCUGGUGCUACUGGCAGAUUUUGUGUUGGAGUUCCGCUUCGAGUACCUGUGGCCCUUCUGGCUCUUCAUCAGGAGCGUGUAUGACUCCUUCAGGUACCAGGGGCUGGCGUUCUCUGUGUUCUUCGUUUGCAUCGCGUUCACAUCAGACAUCCUGUGUUUGCUGUUCAUCCCUGUGCAGUGGCUGUUCUUCGCUGCCAGCACGUACGUCUGGGUUCAGUACGUGUGGCACACAGAACGUGGGGUGUGUUUGCCCACCGUCUCUCUGUGGAUUCUGUUCGUCUACAUCGAGGCUGCCAUCCGUUUUAAAGACCUGAAAAAUUUCCACGUGGGUCUUUGCCGUCCGUUCGCUGCUCACUGCAUCGGUUACCCCAUGGUGACGCUGGGCUUCGGCUUCAAGAGCUACGUGAGCUACAAGAUGAGGCUGAGGAAGCAGAAGGAGGUGCAGAAGGAGAACGAGUUUUACAUGCAGUUGCUUCAGCAGGCUCUUCCUGCAGAACAGCAGAUGCUGCAGAGACAGGACAGAGACACCGAGGAAGCCUCAUCCAAGUCCACGUCAGAGUCGGAACCGACGCAUUUGGCUCAGAACGGCACCAAGAAGCUUCCCGCGUCUCCGCCCGAACCGGAGCAGCGAUCCAAGAAGCAGCAUCAGCAUCACAGUAUAGGAAUAAACAACAACAUCCUGCACACCGCGGACACCAAGCUGCAGGACAUCGAGUACAUGGAGAACUACUUGAGCGCCAAGAGACUCAACAACGAGCUGAACGGCUGCGCGGACGGCCUGGCGGGAGCGGACGCGGGCUCGGCCUCGUCCGGCAAACAUUUGAAGAACUCGUCUCCGCGCAGUCACGGCUCCACCAACGGCAGCGUGCCGUCCUCGUCCGGUAAGAACGAGAGGAAGCAGAAGGGUGUGGGGAAGAACGCUCACCGAGAGCUGAUGGAGAACUGCAUACCCAACAACCAGCUGAGUAAACCCGACGCUUUGGUGCGUCUGGAGCAGGAUGUGAAGAAGCUCAAGGCCGAUCUUCAGGCGAGCAGACAGCUGGAGCAGGAGUUACGAGCUCAGAUCGGCUCUCUGAACAGCGCCGAGAGGAACACGCGGUCCGAACUCGGCCAGCUCCGCCACGAGAACGAGCUGCUGCAGAGCAAGCUUCAUAAUGCCAUACAGGCCAAGCAGAAGGACAAGCAGACCAUCGUCCAGCUGGAGAAAAGGUUAAAAACCGAACAGGAUGCAAGAUCAGCAACCGAGAAACUGCUGAACGAUGAAAAGAAGAGGAAGAAGCUGGAGGAGGCCACGGCCGCCCGGGCUGUGGCCAUCACUGCGACGUCCAGAGGGGAGUGUGCCGACUCUCUGAGGACUCGUAUUCGGGAGCUGGAGUCUGAGUGUAAGAAGCUCUCACAUGACUUAAAGUCUAAGGAGGAGCAGCUCCAAGAGCUGGAAGGUAAAGCACAGGAGUUGCGGAAGUACAAAGAGAACGAGAAGGAAACUGAAGUCCUGAUGUCGGCCCUGUCGGCCAUGCAGGAUAAAACGCAGCACCUGGAGAACAGCCUGAGCGCCGAGACCAGGAUCAAGCUGGAUCUGUUCUCGGCGCUCGGAGACGCCAAGAGGCAACUCGAGAUCGCACAAGGUCAGAUCCUGCAGAAGGACCAGGAGAUCAAGGAGCUGAAGCAGAAGAUAGCCGAGGUCAUGGCCGUCAUGCCGAGCAUCGCGUACUCGGACAGCAACAGCAUGCCCCCCGUCUCACCUCACUAUUCAUCCAAGUUCAUGGACACGGCUCCGUCCGGUCUGGAUCCCAACGCCUCGGUUUACCAGCCUCUUAAAAAGUGACGCUUUGUUUUCAGAAUUAACCAGGAUCAGUAUGAAUUUUUACGUUUCCAUGUGUUUUCGGUAAUGUGGUUAAACCAGAUCGAGGAGGUAAAUAAUGGAAAAAGAAUGUUUGGUGCGUAGAGGUUUUGCUUUGGCUUUGAUUUUGUGUUAAUUUGAAGGAUUUAAAUGCUAACAAGCAGGCAUGCAUCGUUCACGAACGUGAGACAAAAGUAUUGAUGAUUAAAGCUUUAUCCAGAUGCUGCGCAUGUUUCCGUUUAAUUACAACAAUAGUAUUGUAUGGUUUUCUUCCCCUUUUGUUUUAAACGGAACAUUUCUGUGCAGACAGUCAUAAUUGUUUAUUUUUUCUCCAAACCUAAUUUGUUAAAUACUGAAAUGUCAUUUUCUGGCCCCUGUUGGGGUCAAGGUUUCAACUGAUCUCGACUUUUUGUGAAUUAGUUGCUGCUUUAAUAUUUGGGAAUGUCUUUUGGCUUUUGUAUUAUUUUUUAUAUUUGAUUUGGACCAAAUUGAAAUGUUGGCAAGUAAAUAGCUGAUUGUUUGAUGCAGUGCCUUGGAUGAUCCAGUAACAUGACCACACACUAUUGGUCCUCGAUGCCCAUGAUGCCCUGAUAUUUCUUCUGUACAAGUCACAGAUUGAUCGCUGAAAGCAAGCGAACGCCUUUAGAAUCUAAAAUUGUUUCGUCUAUGAAUAGCUCUCGAAAUGUUUACAGCGUUGACCUUGUUUAGGUUGUUCUGAAUGUUCUAGUUCUAGGUGUGUCGCCACCUCCACAUCACUAAAGUCAUAAUGAGGUGGAUCCUUGUAACACUGAAGUCAAAAUGGAAAAUGGACUCUUGUUUAUUUGUUUGUUUAUUAUUUGGAAAAGUAUUUCUGUGCAUUGCAUUGACAUUGUAUUGGUUGGGUACUUUUUGAGAUGAGUAAACACAAGCAGUUGUU